AAGUUACCAAACUUAAAUUAUUAUUUAUAAUUAACCUCUUCAGGUAAGAUCCAUUUGUGUAUCAAAGGGCACUGAUAAAUAUGGCUUUCAGUUGCAAUCAGCUUUUUGAUUAACUGGUAGUAUUAGAAGAAGAAAUCUCUGCUAGGACUUCAGGAAGAAGGAGAAGAAGGGAAGGAGGAGGAUAAAGGGGUCACGGGAGAUUUGGGGAAACAUAAAUAUUAAUGGCAGGGUAGAAGAACAGAACUGAGAGAAAGCUGUGAAUUCUGGAUGUGGGGAAAUAAACUAGGGGCUAAUCCAAUGGAGGAGGAGGCAGACUGGAGGAAUGAUUGGUGGAGGAGUGACUGCUGAGAUGAUAGGGUGGAAAAUGGGGAAGAUAGACUGAGAGCUGGAGGAGGGAGGAGAUUCUUGGGGAAGAAAACAGAAGUAAAAGGAAGCACAUGUAGAAAAGAAGGCAGGAGGGAAGUCUGGCAACAAACUGGAUGCUGCAGCUGCGAAAGCAACACAGGAAGAAAUCAACAGGACUCCAAGAAGAACAAAGGUGUUGCACUAGUGAAGGAGUUCUGAAUUACUUCAUUAUUCUGAGACUUCUGAACCAACGUGAAGAGUUUUGCAAGAAGUGAAGUUACCCAGGACCUUGGAGAUAAGAUAUUAAAACCAAAACUGAAACAACUGAAAUAUCUUAAUACUUCCUUUGUAAAGGUGAGCAGCUUCUCUCAGGAAGACCAGUGAGUCUAUUGGGACCAAGAAGUGAGAAAAACACCAUCAAGUCUUAAAGCAAGAUAUUUGUACAUUGUCUGCCUGCAACCUGACAAAGGAGAGGAAUGGGCUGUAACAGAAACUGUGGGCUCCUCACUGGGGCUAUCUUCGGCGCUGUGUUGGCUAUCUUUGGAGGAGUUCUGAUACCAGUUGGAGAUAACCUCAUAGGCAAAGCAAUAAAAAAGGAAGCUGUCAUUGCCAAUGGUACCAUUGCUUUUCAAAAUUGGCUUGUGCCAGGAAGUUCAGUUUACAGGCAAUUUUGGAUUUUCCAUGUACUAAAUCCUUCAGAGGUAUUACAGAUAGGAGCACGUCCACAACUUGAACAAAGAGGACCUUACACAUACAGGGUGCGAUAUUUACCCAAAGAAAAUAUCACAGAAAACUCCGAUGGCACAAUAUCCUACAUGUUGCCCAACAUUGCUCGUUUUGAACCUGAUAUGUCUGUUGGGACAGAAAAUGAUACCAUCACCUGCCUCAACCUUGCUGUUGUUGCUGCACCUUCCUUGUAUACAAACCCUUUCAUACAGCUACUAUUAAACACUUGGAUUAAAUCUUCUAAGUCAUCCAUGCUGCAGAACAGAACAGUGAAAGAAAUACUGUGGGGGUACAAAGAUCCCUUCUUAAACAAGGUCCCCUUCCCCUUGGACCCAGUCCUGGGAGUCUUCUACCCGUAUAACGGGACGCUCGAUGGACUUUACAAAGUGAAUACCGGGCAAAACGACAUUAAACAAACAGCAAUAAUUGAAAGCUAUAAAAACAAAAGGAAUCUUUCAUACUGGGAAGGUCACUGCGAUUUGGUUAAUGGCACAGAUGGGGCAUCAUUCCCACCCUUUGUUAAGAAGGAUCAGGUACUGCGCUUCUUCUCCUCCGAUAUUUGCAGAUCGAUCUACGGAGUUUUCCAGGGCGAGCAGAAUGUGAAGGGAAUCACACUGUACCGUUUCGCAGUUCCUCGUGAAGCAUUUGCAUCGCCUGCUGAAGUCGGCGAUAAUUAUUGCUUCUGUACAGAUCAAGUCAUAUCAAAGAACUGCACAAUAGCUGGAGUCCUAGACAUUAGUGCCUGCAAAGCAGGAAGGCCAGUAUAUAUCUCUCUCCCGCAUUUUCUUCAUGCAAGUGAGUCUAUAUUGCAUGAUGUUGAAGGCCUGACCCCAGAUGAGCAGGAGCAUGGGACAUUUCUAGAUGUAGAGCCUAUCACUGGUUUCACACUACAGUUUGCAAAACGACUGCAAGUAAACCUCCUUGUGAAGCCUGCAGCAAAAAUUGAAGCUUUAUCAAAAGUUCAAAAACCUUAUAUUUUUCCUCUUCUUUGGCUAAAUGAGUCUGCUGUUAUUGGGGAUGAGAAAGCAGAAAUGUUCAGAACUAAAGUCACUGGUCGCGUCCAGAUGCUGAAUAUGCUGCAGAUGGUGUUAAUGAUUGCAGGUGCUGUGCUGUUCGUCGCAUUCAUGGGUUCCUACUUCAUAUGCAGAUCAAAGAAAUUAAAAUAAGUAACAAAAGAUUUCAGAAGUAGUCGGAGUUUAAUAGAAAUUUCAGCCAAGCAGCAUGUUAAAAUUCAAAGACAAAAGGUAUGACUCAAGGCACAGCCAGUCCUACAUGCUGCGGAAUUCAACACACUUUUCCAUUUUGAGAAGACCAACUCAUCAACACAAAUGAGCUGAAGUUUCCAAAGGUCCACACUUCUGGUAUCACUCAAGAGGUCACCAUGGAAACUAUGCUUUCCAAUAACUUUGAUUAUUUGAACCUUGUUACACAUUUUAAAUUACAUCCAAGCAGACUGAAGUUGAGGCGCAUUUGGAUUUUAGUCCACCUUUUGCCAUUUAUGCAACUUGCUACUUUUCAUCUUCUGGGAUUGCAAGACAAAUGAAAGCUGUUUGCUGAUCUUCUGAGCACAGGCUGGGAAUGACAACACCCUCGAGCUCAUGCUGUGCUCUAGAUGCUCUUAUUAUAAUAUUUCUUUCUGUUCCUUCAAGGAAUGAAAGCUGCUGCAAUAGAACUGCUCUCUGUCCUCUAUUCAGGGACGCGAAUUGCGUUGAAUGUGAAGUUUAUUAUGUAAAGUUACUAACUGUAAUACAUGAAGUUAAUAAAAGACUUACUAAAAUAUGUGGUUUAUACAUUUUAUACGGACAUGGCUCAUAGGCACACCACAGUCAUUCAUUUCUUGAUGGAGCUCAUAGACACUUGGCUCCGCAGCUGUCUAGUAAUCUGAACCACUUCCUAACCCCCAGCCUGCUACUCCACUGUUCUUUCUGUUGCCUCCUGUGUGCACUUCUUUCUGGCUCUUGCUUGAGCACCCGCCUCUGCUCUACACUAACCCACUUUGCGCAAGGCCUCCCUCGGCGAAUGAUCUGAUAUAUCCCCUUGAAGGUCAAGACAAAAUAUUCCAGAAUGCUCCAGACACAGGAAGGACUGAGAUAAUGAUUUGGAUCAAACAUCAAAGGGUUCCAUUUCCUUGCUAUAGGAGAACAUUAAUGAAAACAGAUAGCCCCACUUCUUUCUGAUAAACCAUCUGCCACAAGAUAAUUUGUGCAACCGUUUGUUUAAUGAGGUGCAUCAACCUGUAGACAGGUGGUAAACACUGCCACCCACAUAAAUGGCUUACUUUUUCAUUUAAUCUGAAUGCCACAUCUUAGAAAUGGGAGUCAAUAGAGCAGAUACUGAGUGUUGUGGGGUCCCUUCACAUGAACUCAGAAUGAGUGCCUAAGUUCAGCACUUUCUAAGAUUUAUCUUUGGAUCUUUUGUGCCCUUAAAUAAGAGCUGCACAGAAAAAGGAAAAUCAAACAUGGCUAGCCUCUCAUAGCCUGGGAAUAAUACAACAAUGAACUUUAAAUCAGAGACUUCUGUUGUCCUAGUAAAGGACAGUAUCUUUGGCCAAAUAUCUUUAGAAAGGUGUUUUCACCCUUUAGAAAUGAAGAGGAAAACCCAACAGAAUAAAAUGCUAUUGUUUUAAUCCCAUAGUCUUUGUAAACAAAGUUGUGCAGCAAUCAAUAGAGCUGGUGAGUCACAGAAAUCCCAAGAGAUUAUUCUUGAAGGCAAUCUCUAUGUGGUACAUGCCUACACUCUUUUCCAGCUAUGAGCUGGAAAUGCAAACUGGCAGGAGAUGUGAAGAAGGCAUGACACUCAAGGGAAGUUUGGCUCCCCUUAGAGAGCCCAUGCAUUUUCUUGCUCAUGGUGCUUGCUAGUCAAUGAAAAAUGAGACUUUUCUCUCAUCUCUACAUUAUUGCUGGUGUCACAUGUGAUGCUUUGUUCCCAUAUUAGUCUGGGGACAGUUUGACACAAAUAAAAGCAUCCCUAGAGUCCUAUGGACUGAUCAAAAAACUAUGAGGACAGCUAAAGACAGAGUCACCUUCUCCCCUGAAAUAAUCACAAUUCUGCUGUGGUUCAAGAUCUGAAACUAAGUUUUUAUAAUAGAACUAGUCUUUUGUGUCAGAAUCUAACAGUGAGAUGUUUCCACAAAAGAAACAGCAAUGCUCCUGUUGUUAUUGAUACACUAGCAUUUCAGCUUAAUUUCCUUUGGCUUCAAAUCCAUUGUUGGCAAGUUAGUUUGCUCUGCUUGUGUUUAUAGUGCUAUGUGAUGCUCCAGCAGCAGUGAUGAAGGAAUUCAGGCCAUGAUUUUAAAUGUCUUAGGGCCCAAUUUUGCAUGCACAGAGUUUGUUCUUAUGUAUAAUCUCAUUGAUCUCAAUGCAGGUUUAGACGUUCAAACUAUGGUCAGCACCUAGACUACACUUGAAUCAUAAUUAAUAGUUAUUUUGUCCAAAGCAUCAGUUACAGUUAUUGUUAAUUCAUGUUAUUAAGGUUAGUGUUAAGUAUUUACAUUUGUUCGAACAGUGCAGGAUAAACAUUUAUUCGACAUGUUAAUAAACUCAAUACAAAUAAAAUAAAGUUCAAACUCUG